AUUGAACGUACCUGUUUCUGUAUGUGUUUUAAUAUUGCUCAAAAAGUUUCACUUCAUAUUUGUCUUCCUGAAAGAGAGUUUUCAUAAACAAGAAACUGCAAUAAUCUUUUCAAAAAGAAAUGAUUUUAAAGUGGAACUGCUGAAUUCGGAAAAAACGUCUUACUUGAAUGAGAGUUGAGAAAUAUGAAACUUUAGUAUUCGUAACGCAAUCAAGAAUUGGGUAGAAAAUUUCUUUUGGGAACAAAAUCAGUCCGCUAGCUUAUGGAUUCAGACAUGUCAACAGCAAAAGAAUCAACGCCAGCACAAUCAGGUAUGAGUUUGGUUCCAACAAAUACAGCGUCGCAAGAAUGGGAUGUCACACGUCCUCCACGAGCUUCUUUAGCUGAAAACUGCACAUCAGCUGAUCCGACGUGUCCACAGUCUUAUGUCUAUAGGAUAGGCAUUUAUGGUUGGAGGAAGCGUUGCCUAUAUUUCUUAGUCAUAAUACUUUUUUCUAUGGUAAUCAUCAAUUUAGCCUUAACGAUAUGGAUCAUCAGGGUUAUGGAUUUUUCAAUUCAUGGUAUGGGCCGUUUACGUAUUUUUAAAGAUGGAAUUCGAUUAGAAGGCCAAUCUCAUUUUCUGCACACUUUGUAUGCCGCGCAAGUUCAGUCUAGAAAGGAUCAAGCUCUGAAAAUAGAGUCUUCCAGCAAUAUUACAAUCAAUGCCAGGAACAAGGAGGGUAAAAUAACGAAUAGAUUAACACUAGGUGCGAAUUCUCUAACGUCUUUUGCGGAAAAAUUCACGAUCAAGAACCAAAAAGGGGAAACACUUUUUCAAGCAGAUGAUAAGGAGGUUACCAUUGCUGCAGCGAAACUGCGGGUGACAGGUUCUGGCGGUGUUCGUUUUGAUGGUUCUGUCCAAACUCCAUAUGUAACAGCGGAGCCUUUUCAACAGUUAAGGUUGGAAUCACCUACUAGAACGUUGCAUGUUAAAGCACCAGAAGGGAUAGGUAUCGAAUCCAGAGCUGGAGAUAUCAGUGCAACCUGCCUCAAAGAUUUAAAGCUUCAGUCAAAGGAAGGAACAAUUUGGCUAGAUUCUGAGCGAGUUGAAUUGAAAAACCUAAAGACUGCCAUCCCAACUACAAGAGGUCGCUCGUAUCCAGGAAUAUAUCAAUUAUGUGCUUGUGAAAAUGGUAGACUAUUUUUGGCCCCUCCAGAAAAAGCCUGUCAGGCUGAUAAUAUUGUUUGCAAAUAAACUUGAAAUUCUGUUGCAGUGUAUUGACAAUAAUGAGUGUUACAUUAAUUUUAAAGAAGUUACGUUGAAGCACAAAUCAGUUUCAUGCCGGCGGAGUGCCAUCACCAUUUUUAUAUACGAAGACCAAAAACUUGUUUUAGUAACUACAGAAGCGAACAUUGAAGCUGGGUUUCAAGUGUCCAUUAUUGAUGAUAACAGCGUCAAUAAAAAGUGCAUCCAGAAGUUUUCAUACACAUAUCCAUGUUAAAAUAUAUUAUGUAUUCCACCCAUUUAAUCGCAAUUUUUGAGUUUAUUCAAUUUCUUUUCUUAUCUCUAGGCUGUAAUGUCUUUUGUAGAAAGUUAAUAACUGACAAUAUUUCUUAAUUUUGUUUCAGAAAAAUCACAUUUUAUUAGGUAUGAUUUUAAAUGUACAAAAAGUAAGCAAUUUUUUAUAAAACACAACUUUUGACUUAUUAGCAUUUUAUUGUUAAUUUUUAUGAACUUUUGUUGCUGUCUUUUAUUGAAUAAAUUUAAAUUUAAUGAGUCUAUAUAUAGGAGAUACUGUUGUACUUUGGACCGCAAUUUAAAUUUGCACUUUCCAAGAAACCAUAUUUUAAAAUAUAACAGCAAAAAGAAGUGACGCCUCUUGGCAAUAUUAUUUCUGCAUUUUAUGCGCUUUUCGGAGUUUCAAUAUCAAAAAAUAGGCAAGAAAAUGUAUUUUAUCGAUAGCAAUGCAUAGAUACAAUAAGGCGGCAACGGUAGGCAAUAACGUUAUUAUACAAAACUAUUAUUUUAUUGUGUCAUUGAAAAAAAUCAACAAAAUUAUAGGUAUAACAUGACUUUUAUGAAUAUCAGUGUAUAAUUGACAACGUGAAGUUUAUUAUUAUUUAUGUUAAAAGUAAAGAUAUUUCAUGUAAAUCAGAUUUUAUUCAAAAUUAACAACUGAGUUACUUGCUGUUUCAUAUUAAGUUUAAGAAAGAAUGAAAUAUGGGAUUGUAAAAUACUCACCAAUAACAGUGAUUCAUGCACUGUAAAAAAAUUCAGAAACGUUACUGAGUAUUUCCGUGUAAUGUUUCGGGAUUUCAAUGGUUUUUAUCCACUUCCUGGAAAUAUCAAGUAUCAUUGUAAAAAAGUUUCCUGAAUGGCUGAAAGUUGCAGAAAUGCAGACUUCUCUCUGUUGUAAAAAAUAUUUAUAGCUCCCAGUUUAAAGAUUAACUGAGAGUAUUUCUAAGGUGUAUCGACUUCGUUUCACUUACGGGUUGUCCGGGCUAUUUAAGCUCCCAAAGGGAACGAAAAAGUCCUGGGACUACUUAGCUGUGCAAGUAAUUGCCAUCAUUACUUGCAAUUCUGGCUUAGCUUUGGCCAUGAUUGCAAUACUGCUUAUAGAGCUGUUUUAUUAUCCCUACCUAAGAUUACUUUCAAGUUCUAGAGACACGACUGGCUUUAAACGGAAAGAUUUCUAUGAUUUCUCAGGAUAAUUUCAAGAAGGUUACUGAGUUUUAGCGGAAAACAUUCCUGGUUUUUGUGAGAUAUAUUGCUGGCUGAAAUUGGGCACAUCAGCUGCCUAAUAUUUUCCAGGAACGUUUCUGAAUCGUUUUUACAGUGUGUAGAAUGUACUUCAAGACACACAAGCCGAUAUUUUUUAAAAUUAUAUAGUAAAAACGAAUGUUUUAACCUUUCGCACAAAAAAUACCUAAAUCAAUGACAUUUGCAACUGAGAACACUUGGACACUUUCUCGCUUGUUGUCAAUUUACUGAGUGAACUUUGCUAUUGUACAAUAACAUUCAUAGCGUAAUCUGUCAAAACAAUGAAAAAGCUAAAAAGUGAUCCAUGGUACACUCUGGUCAAGAUCAAGUUUCAACAUUCUCCUAUAUAUCUUCUCCUCAUCUGAUAUCAUAUUUCGCCUCCAAAUAUUAUUGAAAUGUCAUUUACAUAUUGACAUUGGUCAACAUUUUAUACGUUAUGCUUUUUGUCUUUUGAAAACAACUGCAAUUUUUAUAUUCAAAAGCGUGAUUAGUGUGACUGAGAUUAUUGUUGCUAUAGCCAAUUGCUGUCGCAAUGCGACUUGCCGAUAAUAAGGAGUAUUGACAUGUUUUAAGAAUGAGUGAAUAUAGUAUGAAUC